GGGUUACCAUGGCGACGGUUGCCUUGGUGCUUGGCGUGAGCCUGCUAUUCGGUUGGGCCCCAUUGGGGGCUGGGGCAACCUCUCAGCCCCCCAAUAUCGUGUUCCUCCUGAUGGACGAUCUUCUAGCUUCCUGGUGGCCUGGUUAUGUAUACGUUCAUAGUUCAAUAAAAUACAAAGUAAUUUCAAGAGGGAGACAGUAUUGCAAGUGGUGAGGUCUGGAAAGGCCUCAUGUAGGAGGGUGCUUCUGAUCUGGGAGUGAGUGGAUUCCAGAUGCCAAGGACCAUAGUAUGCCAAGAGCCCAUCACCAGUCCAGUUGGACCAAGGAGGAACUGAAAAGAUGGGAUGGGGUGACCUGGGUGUGUUUGGGGAGCCUUCUCGAGAAACCCCCCACCUGGACCAAAUGGCUGCUGAAGGGAUGCUCUUCCCCAAUUUCUACACUGCUAACCCCCUGUGCUCUCCGUCAAGAGCCGCAUUGCUCACAGGCCGUCUCCCCAUCCGCAACGGAUUCUAUACAACCAAUGGGCAUGCUCGAAACGCUUACACACCUCAGGAAAUAGUCGGAGGAAUCCCAGAUUCGGAGUUCCUCCUUCCUGAGCUGCUGAAGAAAGCAGGCUAUGUCAAUAAGAUUGUUGGCAAGUGGCAUCUGGGUCACAGACCCCAGUUUCACCCUUUGAAGCAUGGAUUUGAUGAGUGGUUUGGAUCCCCCAACUGUCAUUUUGGACCUUAUGAUAACAAGGCCAUGCCCAACAUUCCUGUUUAUAGGAAUUGGGAGAUGGUUGGCAGAUUCUAUGAAGAUUUUCCCAUUAAUCACAAGACUGGAGAGGCUAAUCUAACUCAGAUCUACUUAAAGGAAGCAGUGGAUUUUAUUAAGAAGCAACAGGCCCAUCAACAGCCCUUUUUUCUCUACUGGGCCAUUGAUGCCACCCAUGCACCUGUGUAUGCUUCAAAAUCUUUCUUGGGUACCAGUCAAAGAGGGAGAUAUGGAGAUGCUGUUCGAGAAAUUGAUGAUAGCAUUGGGAAAAUCCUAAAGCUGCUUCAGGACCUGGGUAUCAAAGAGAACACAUUUGUGUUUUUCACAUCUGAUAAUGGUGCUGCCCUUAUUUCAGCUCCUAAGGAAGGUGGCAGUAACGGGCCCUUCCUGUGUGGGAAACAAACCACCUUUGAAGGAGGGCUAAGGGAGCCAGCAAUUGCCUGGUGGCCUGGACAUAUACCUGCUGGACAAGUGAGUCACCAGCUGGGGAAUGUGAUGGAUCUCUUCACCACCGGCCUGUCCCUAGCGGGCCUGAAGCCUCCCAGCGACCGAGAGAUUGAUGGCAUUGACCUUCUCCCAGCCAUUGUGCAGGGCAAGGUGAUUGACAGGCCGAUCUUCUACUACCGAGGUAACGAGAUGAUGGCAGUCCGAGUGGGACAAUACAAGGCUCAUUACUGGACUUGGAGUAACUCUUGGGAGGAGUUCAGUCAGGGCAUUGAUUUCUGCCCUGGGCAAAAUGUCUCUGGCGUGACAACCCAUAGCCAAGAAGAACAUACAAAUUUGCCCCUGCUUUUCCACCUGGGAAGAGACCCAGGAGAGAGAUUCCCAAUCAGGGUUUCCAGCCUGGAGUACAAGGAUGCUCUCCUUAGAAUAUUCCCAAUUGUAGAAGAACACAAGAGGACCUUGAUACCAGGAGAGCCCCAGCUCAAUGUGUGCAACCCAGCUGUUAUGAACUGGGCUCCCCCUGGUUGUGAGAAGUUGAGAAGGUGCUUGACCCCACCAGAGUCCAAACCGAAGAAGUGCUUUUGGCUCCACUAGCUGCCUUUCCUCUGUGGGGAUCCCAGAAGCCUGCUCAGCAGAUGUGGGGAGUACAUCUGCCCUGAUGGGACUCGUCAUAAAAGAAGGAACAUAAAAUGUGAGGAGACAAGUUGUCACAUCCCUCAGUUCCAGCAGGAUUUUCGUCAGCUCCCUGGUGAGAGACUAGAACAUAUGCCCGUCUUUUCAAGCUGUUGCCCAGCGUUAAAAUUCCUCUGUAACAUUUCUUUGGUGAGGGAAGGAGAGUGACCUGAUGGAAUGACCACCCAAGAGAGAGAAACAUAGAGCUGUCCUCUUGUACUAUUAAAAUCAUGUUUUCCAAAGGCCUGCAUCUGAAAACAGGAGAGCACAUUUGAACUCGUCCUCAAACCUAUUGCCAAGGGAGAUUACUCCCCAUAUCAGCCACAGUGUUGUCGGUGAUUGACAAUCGAUAAGGAGAAAAAAUAAAUUCCUUGUAUUUA